AUGAAAGCGUGCGAGACACGAUCUUGGGGUCUUGGAGCAUUAGUUCAAGCCCUGGAGCAAAACACGACGAAAGCUUUGAUUGCAGACCUCAAUCCAACCACUUGCGACGUGUCUGUUAAGCUCGCUCACCUGUGGAAUAAACCGUUGCUCACGUGGAGUUGCCCUCAGAAAUCCCAAGAAGAAGCAGAAGUAUCACCAAUCAUCAGGCUUUCUCCAUCAAUAUUGACUGUGGCCAACGUGGUAGCAGAAUUUUUUCGUCACUUCCGAUGGAAAUCGGUAGCAAUUAUAGGUUCAGAUGAUACAUUAUGGUCAAGUUUGGAUAGAGCUAUGGUCGGUGCCCUAGGAAGUAUUGGAAUUGUCCCUAGGCAUCAUAUUGUACUACCAUAUACCGACACUCCCAAGCAAAUUCAGGAUUCCUUAGGAGCUUUGAGCAGCAUACCAUGUAGAGUGAUAGUUUUUUGUCUGCCGCUGGAGGGGGACUACACGAGUCGCAUACUGGUCGAGAUGGACGCGGUUCUUCAAGAGGCCCGAGUACCGCAUCCCGUAAUCCUGAUAAUCCAUCCAAAAAAUUCGGAGUUCUUCAUCCCGCAGAAUAUUUCGGUGUCUUCCUCCACCCUUCCUACCCUUGUACCGUUCACGAGAUCUCAGUCUUCCAAUUUUUCUACCCUGAAUGCAUCCCACGCUCGUUCGAACGCACCACAAGAACAGAAGGGUAGAGAGUCAUCAAGCCGUUUUACACCACCCUUAAAUCUCAGCAAGACCAUGCUGACAAAUCUACUGGCUAUCGUUCCCAUCGAGCAAACAUACGAUGUGGAGAGGAUAUUUAGUGGUGACUCAAUUUAUACAGUACCGAACACAUUGGCACACUUGGAGGAAUCCUUGGAUAUUGUCACACGAAACGAGAGUCUUAAUUCCCUAAAUAACAAAAGAUUCACCUACACUUUGUUGCUUCAACGAGCAAAUAGUUGGCAGCCCAUUGCCACUGUAGUUGAACAGAGAGGACACCUCAUAGUUAGGGAAUUAGUUGAAAAUACAUUCACCGAUGAAGAGAUCCCUGAACUUUGUGAAAAUCCAGGCGACUGCUCCCCUGGAAAUCUGCAAGGUAUACCAUUACGAACUGCACAUAUCGUAGCUAUCAUAAUGAGUUCCCUCCUAUUCGGCCUCGUCGCCAUUGUUAUUGCAGCAUUAAUACGGAGACAUUUGGUGAAGAAGAGAAUGUCGAAGGGUCCAUAUAAGCUAAUCUUAACAGCAUCCGACUUUGUAUUCCCACAAGUACCCGAUCCCAGGAGGGUCGAUGAGGGCAUCGAGGCGAUGCUCUGUUGUUGGCUGCAACAGCUGCAAGAGUUUGGUGGACCGGAUGUUGAGAAACCAGACCUUCUUCAAGGAAGCGUUGGCUCAUUGAGAACACAUUUACAAGCCAGCAAUGGGAGUCUUGCCAGGCAUACUAUCUUCAAUGACCCUAGGGCUAGGUAUAAUGGAGACUUGGUUCAGCUGAAGGUGCUUUCAUUCCAGGGAACAUUCGAGUUGAAGAGCAAAGCCAUUGACGUGCUGGUCACGAUUCACGGACUUCGACACGAGAACCUGAAUCCCUUGAUUGGAUGCCUGAAUGAACCGACGAGACCGUGCCUAGUGUCCGAGUUCUGUACAAGAGGGUCCCUGGAAGAUGUCCUGGUCCAGGACGAGAUCAAGCUGGACUGGUCAUUUAGGUUAUCUCUGCUCACGGACCUCGUUCGGGGUAUGAAGUACCUUCAUAGCACUCCUGUUCGAGUUCAUGGUUAUCUCACUUCAAGAAACUGCGUCAUCGAUGCUCGUUGGGUCCUGAAAGUCUCCGAUUAUGGACUUCCGGCAUUUUACGAGGCCCAGAAUAUAGUUCCGCCUGCUAAAACAGCUCGAGAUCUGUUAUGGACAGCCCCGGAAUUAUUGAGGCACUCUGGCCUCCGAAAAAGAGGAACUCAACCUGGAGAUGUCUACAGUUUCGGAAUAGUCAUGCAAGAAGUGGUCGUCCGUGGCGAACCUUUUUGCAUGUUAGCUCUGACACCGGAAGAUAUAAUCGAGAAGGUUAAAAAACCGCCACCAUUAAUCAGGCCCUCGGUUAGUAAAGGGGCUGCGCCACCGGAAGCCAUCAACAUCAUGAGGCAGUGUUGGGCUGAGACUGCAGAAAUGCGACCAGAUUUUAAUGCUGUUCAUGACCUCUUUAAAAAGUUAAAUCAUGGAAGAAAAGUAAACUUCGUGGACACAAUGUUCGAAAUGCUGGAGAAGUACUCAAACAAUCUCGAGGAAUUAAUUCGCGAAAGGACCGAACAGCUUGACAUGGAAAAAAAGAAAACUGAGCAACUGCUCAACCGCAUGCUGCCAAGUUCGGUAGCAGAAAAACUGAAGUUAGGAAUGCCUGUCGAUCCUGAGGAGUUUCGAGAGGUCACUAUCUACUUUUCCGACAUCGUCGGUUUUACGACGAUCUCAGCUUAUUCUACUCCCUUCCAAGUCGUUGAUCUACUGAACGACUUGUACACCUGCUUCGACGCGACGAUAAACGCCUACACAGUCUACAAGGUUGAGACAAUAGGAGAUGCAUAUAUGGUCGUUGGAGGAUGUCCUGUGAGGAUACCAGAUCACGCAUCGCAGGUAGCAACAAUGGCUUUGGAUCUUCUGCAUCAGAGUGGAAAAUUUAAGCUGAAGCAUCUCCCGAAAACACAAUUAAGAUUGAGAAUUGGCCUUCAUACAGGUCCCUGUUGCGCCGGGGUUGUGGGUCUGACAAUGCCUCGAUAUUGCCUCUUCGGUGAUACGGUAAACACCGCUUCGAGGAUGGAGUCCACUGGAGCCCCGUGGCGGAUUCACAUGAGCCAAGCAACCAAAGAUCGAUUGACGCAAGUUGGCGGAUACUACAUCGAGUAUCGGGGAAGGACAGAUAUAAAGGGCAAAGGGAAGAUGCCGACCUACUGGCUUCUCGGAAAGCAAGGGUUCGACAAAGAACUUCCAACACCACCACCUCUUGGGGAGCACUAUAGACUGGAGGAAAGUUUGAUCCUGGGGAGUUUGGUGAACCAGGACACCGAAACUGAAAGUCUUCAACACCCGUCGCCAAUACCAGAAGACAACAGUUUCGAAGAACAAAAUUGUUCCUGCGAAAAUAUAUCUAUAGAUGAAGGUUCCCCUUCUGCUACAAAAGUUCCGACGAUCGAACACUCUCCUGUGGAGAAAACAGACACGAAAAAAGUAGCAGUUUCCGUCCAUAAUGAAAGAACUUUGACGUAUAGCUACUCUUUGAGAUCCAGUGAAGUGAUCGAACCGCCCAGGGACAUGGUUAAUACUCCUGAGUAUAAUAGUGCUACUAUGACUAAGAGUACGUCUGGUGACAAUCAGUCAACCUUGGCAACGCCUGUUUCCGCGACUGAGGUUGCUGCAGCUCUUCUAGGGUCUUCCACUACGUCUUUGGCGUCGAUACCCGGACAAAAUUUUCGAAAACAUCGAAGAAUUGGUUUCAUUGGUGAAGAUGAUCUCAGCACUCCAUAUAAUCACUACAGAUGUCUCUCUCCACAUGACCAUGGAAAAAUUCCUGCCUGUCGAUUACUAAAAAGACAGUUUAGCCUCGAUCGAGCGGAUGAGCCAGCUAUUAUAGUUCCCGACCAACACACUCAGAGAACAGUUCCGCGGCUGAAUAAGCAAAAUAGCGCCGGAGCUGCGAAUGACUUGGAGAGAAUAGAAGAAGUUCCAUCCACUUCAGGUCCUCAACUAUAUCGUCAUUCUGCUUCCAUGUCCCUCUCAGUCGAAUCGCUGACUUUACAGUAG